AUGGGGAACAACAUCACCACUUGUCUGGGCAAGCCGCCGGCCGAAACGUCGUCGAGGUGCGUGACGCCGACGGCCACAACGGCGCACAACUUCGUGGUGGACAACUACUCGCUGCUCAGCGGCGCCAUCGGCGUCGACAAGUUCGUGAGCUCGACGAUGUUCAGCGCCGGCGACCGCAACUGGAACAUCAGGUUCUACCCCGACGGUGACAGCCGGGGACCUGGCUACGCGGCGGCGUUCCUGCAUCUCGUAGGAGGGGCAAAGGCGACGAGCGUGAAGGCCAAGUUCACUCUGAGCUUGCUGGGGAAAGAUGGCAAAGUGCUCGGAGAUUCGAAACCUGUGAGCAUAGCGCAAACCUUCGAGUCGGAGGGUGUCAAGAGUUGUUGGGGCGCUAUCAAGUUUGUCGAGCAAACCACGCUGCAAGAUGCAGGCUGCUUCACGGUCAGGUGCGAUCUGACCGUCGUCAAGGAUGCCGUUGUGCACAAGAUUAUUAAUAAUUAG